CUCGUACUCGCUCGGUCGCUCCUAUCAAAUUUCACAAUUCCUCACACAAAAGCCACAUACCAUGCUCUCUGCUCCUUCUUCAACCUACUCACUCUUCACCGCUCCGCUCUUCUCCGCCACUCCCUCCCCCAUAUCGCCGCCACGUGUCCGCUUCCAUCCCGCUCGAGCUUUCGCCUCCGCCGCCUGCGCUUCCGACGAGACCUCCACGGCGUCGUAUCUCACCCCUCCGACGACGACGACUACUACCGCCUCCCUCUACGAGAUCCUCGGCAUCCCCGCCGCCGCCACGUGUCACGAGAUCAAAACGGCCUACCGGCGGCUCGCGAGGGUCUGCCACCCCGACGUGGCGGCGAUGGAGCGGAAGGACUCGUCGGCCGACGAGUUCAUGAGGAUCCACGACGCCUACUCCACCCUCUCCGACCCCGAAAAGCGCGCCGAGUACGACCGGAAGAUGUUCCGGAGGAGCAGGCCGUUGUCGGCGGAUUAUUCUAGAUACUAUUCUGGCCGGAAUUGGGAGACCGAUCAGUGCUGGUAGCGAGUUGACUCACCUGGUAACGUAGCGAAAUCAUACACACUAGUUCUAAUUAAUCAAUUUUCGAAGAAAUUAUGUAAAUAGUUUUAUGAACCAAAGCGCAACAAGGACUGCAAUCAGGGCCGUUGAAUAUUUGAUCAUGAUGGUCUCGGUGUUUGUUUGUGGUGAUAAACAAGCGGUGGAGCCAAAAUUCCAAAGAAAACAAAAAAAAAAUUUGUGUAUUACUGUAAUUAGCUAUGUUGUAUGACUAGAAAGGCAACCAAAUUUUUUGUUGGUUUCCCGGUGAAAUUCAGGUUUCUUGUGAAAUAUUAUGAUAAUAUAUAACAGAUGUGAUUGGAACUCAA